CGCUGACUCACUUUGAUGGGCCGUGUGCAUUCAUGUAGCGCCGCGCAGCCCGUUCCCCGGUUUUGCAGCCGGUUCGCCUCCCAUCUCAAGCUUAUAAAGCUCAGCUCGGCUUCAGCAAACGGCACAAGAUCGAGAAGCGCGGAUUGGAGACAGAUCGAAGCUACAGACGAAGUCGGUGAGAUGUCGGACUCGAAGCCCUGUUUGUGCCUGGAUGGCUCCUGCUCCUGUGCAAACACCUGCAGAUGCUCCGACUGUCAAUGUGCUGUCAGCAAAGCUGGACGCUGCCAGAAAAGUUGCUGCUCUUGCUGUCCUGCUGCAUGCACCGAAUGUGCCAAUGGCUGUGUGUGUAAAGGGAAAUCCUCUGACAAAUGUAACUGCUGCUCCUGAACAACACGCUCUUCAGGCACAAUCUCCGAACAAUUAUGCAUUUGUUCUGUUUUCUCCCACCUGUAUAUAUCAAUUUUGUAGAAUCUGAGAUUUAUAACAGCAUGAACUAAUGAACACUUUGUACAUUGUAUUUGUGAAGUACGAUUUUGUGUCAGUGAGUGAAAUAAAUUUUGCCAGUCGUUUUCGCAAAUGCAUUUCAAUUCAUUUAUGAAGUGAUAUAUACACUGCAAACUGUGCGGGGCAUAUUUAAAU